AUGGAAAGGGGCUCGAGCUCAAGCUUUGAUAGCAUUCUUGCUGGAGUUCAACGUCUGCGAGAGCAAAAUGGAGCAGGUGAAGUAGAAGAGAGACCAAAACCGGCUGAAAGCGAUUCUAUCAAGGGUAGGGAUUUUGGGAUACGUGCACAACAGAAAAGUGGAUUUCAGAAAAAGCCACCGAUAAAUGCAUUUAAUCAACAGCGUGAGCAAGGCUUAAAUACUUUCGGAGACUCAAACGCCAAGAAACGGAAGUCUGGUGGUUACGGUACUGGUAAAACGGUUUUGGUUAGCAGUUCGCAAAGAGGUAACCCGCUGCUCAACAGCUUGACAAAUACCAAUUGGAGAUAUGUGACGGCAGCCGCUGGCACCAAAAUAUUUUAUGAUUACUGCGUUCAUGGACGUAACGUGCUGUUUCUGUCACUUAAAUAUCACAGGCUACAUCCAGAGUACAUCGCGAAAAAAAUGCAACCGCUGGUGAAAAACGGUAACAACAUUCUUCUGUGUGUGGUUGACAUUGAAAGUUCGGAGAGCAUUCUCCAAAACCUGAGCAAAGCAUGUAUGUUCGGUGGGUUUGCGCUGCUACUCGCAUUUAAUUUUGAACAGGCUGCCAAGUACCUCAUCUUCCUCAAUCAAUAG